AUGCAAGAUCUAUUGGGCAGAUUGGUUCGUUUCUUGUUGGCACUGCCUCAGCCAACAAUAGUUGCCACGUCAAUUGUUCCAUUUCUGAGUUCCAAGGAGUUGAUCACUUCGGACUCAAUUCUAUCCAACCUUCAUUCAAUUGCCUACGUCGCAAUAUUUUACCAAUUAUGCUUCAUUCUCGGUCAGUAUGUUCUUUUCCCCCCAAUUGCUGCAUUCGUUAGCGAUUCUGCUCACUCCAAGAGGAAAUUGAUUAACCAAAGUGCAGUUCAUUUUGUCUCUUUGGUGCAAAGUAUAGUGAUUUUAUACGUCUCUAUCAGUUGUCUUGUGUCACCUCAAUACUCAUCGGAGAAUUACACAGCUGAAGAAAGAAUUUUCAAUGACCAUCGCGACACUGAGAUAGUUUGUGUCUUCGCUAUUGGGUACUUCAUCUGGGACAUCUACAUCUCGCUUUUCUACUCCACGCUGCCAUUUGUGCUUCACGCUCUAAUAUCUACAGCGGUUUUCUGCAUCGGUUUGAAACCUUACAUACAGUACUACGCCCCUAUAUUCUUGUUGUUUGAGCUAUCUAACCCCUUUCUGAAUAUACGGUGGUUCUCAACAAAAUAUUUCAAGGGCACUAAGAACAAACUGCUGCUCAUUUUCCAACUGAUCAACAACCUAUUGUUACUGCUAGUGUUUUUCUUCGCAAGAAUUUGCUGGGGCUGGUAUCAAAUAGGAAAGCUCUUAUACGAUUUCUAUCAAAUUCAUGAUCAAACUGGUUUCCUCCUCUGCGAAACUAUAGUCAUUGUGACUGGUAACUUUAUUCUAAAUGUCUUGAACCUUGUGUGGUUCUCUACAAUGCUUUCCAUCGCAGUCAAGACGAUCACCAACAAAAGUAGGUCCGUGAAAAAGACACACUAG